GCGUAUCAGUCGUCCCCCCCAGGAACUUUUCGCUUCCGCCCGCCAGAGGCUUCAUCCACAGUACGCUGCGCUCAGUGUCAUCAUACCAUCUCCUUCUUGCACAUGGCUUAUGCGCUUCCCAGCCGAUGUUCACGCGGUCUAUUUGGGUCAAACGCCUUUGCACUGGGUGACACAUGCGGCUUUCCUGGUCUCGAUCAACGCCUUGUAAUAAACGGCCUUCUCCCGGUGAUUUGCCGCCGUUGCACGCGAUGCAUACAUAUAUCGUAUGAUAUCUUCGAGCCUCAUCAAAGGGCAUCCUCUUUGCCCGCUGCUGCUUGAUCAAGCUGAGCGCGACAAUGCUCGCUGUGGGCGUUUUGGUGCUCAUGGCUCUCCCGCUCGCGCUGGGGAAGCCGACGGCGGGAUCUAUGCACGUUUUGGGGCGGCGGGACAGCCCUCCUGCUGGAUACACACUUGUGGGCGCAGCAUCGCCCGGUCUGAUGCUCGAUCUGCGAAUCGCGCUCGCGCAGAGCGAUCCUCUUGGUCUGGAGGAAGCUCUAUAUGAUGUCAGCACACCUUCGAGUGAGCAUUACGGGCAGUAUCUAAGCAAAGAGGAGGCUGCAAACUUCGUGGCACCGACCUCGGAGACGCUCGCGGCUGUGAACGCGUGGCUGGCGCAGAACGACGUCGACGCGAAAACGCUGACCCCAGCUGGCGACUGGCUCGGGAUAUCCGUGCCUGUCAGCAGGGCGAACGAGCUGCUUGAUGCUGAGUUUAAUGUCUACGCGGACGAGACGAGCGGGAAGCAGGCUGUCCGAACGCUGUCGUAUGCCGUGCCUCAAGAGCUGCAGGGGCAUGUCACCGUCGUGUACCCGACCACUACGUUUCCCUCGAGGAAUACGCGACGGCCUGUGAUCCAUUCCGAGUCGGUGUCGGCGGUCUCCGCACGGUCUCGCAGGGCAGAUACAUCAGACGUCGACCCAUCAUGCGCCAGCACGAUCACCCCGUCCUGCUUGCAAUCCAUUUACGGCAUUCCCUCCACUCCAGCCACACAACAGUCGAACCAGCUUGCAGUCGCUGGGUACGACGACCAAUGGGCGAACAGGGAUGAUCUCGAGACAUUCCUGAAGACGUACCGCCCGGACAUGUCAGACCUCACCACCUUCAAGCUGCAGACCCUUGACGGCGGAACGAACAACCAGACCGAAGCGGAUGCUGGCGUCGAAGCUAACCUCGAUAUACAAUACACGGUUGGUGUCGCGACCGACGUUCCGGUGGUUUUCAUCUCUGCGGGACUAGACAACCACGACGGCGCUCUGGAGGGCUUCCUCGACAUGACCGAGUUGCUGCUGAACGAGGACUCGCCGCCGCGAGUGUGGACGACGAGCUAUGGGCCGAAUGAGUACGACGUCCCAAUCGAGCUUGCAUACAAUCUGUGCUAUGCGUAUGCUCAGCUGGGCGCCAGGGGAGUUUCUAUCCUCUUCGCGUCUGGUGACGGCGGUGUGUCAGGUACCCAGUCGAGUACGUGCACAGACUUUGUGGUUCCCUUCCCGGAUGGCUGUCCAUUCAUGACCAACGUCGGCUCGACGACAGGCUACGCCCCCGAAAUCGCCGCAUGGUUCUCCGCAGGCGGGUUCUCCAACUACUGGACGCGCCCCUUGUACCAAGAAGCAGCCGUCUCCUCCUAUCUCGCCUACCUCGGCGACACGUACGUGGGGCUGUACAACGCGUCUGGGCGCGCGUUCCCCGACGUCGCGACGCAGGGCGUCAACUUCUCUGUCGUGAUCGACCAGGAGUUUUAUAUGGUGGACGGGACGAGCUGCUCGAGCCCGACGUUCGCGUCUGUGAUCGCGCUGCUGAAUGACGAGCUGGCUGCGGAGGGGAACCCGCCUCUGGGGUUUUUGAACCCGUGGUUGUAUGGGUUUGCGGAGUGGGCGUUCAAUGAUAUCACGAUUGGGAAUAACCCCGGGUGCGGUACGCCUGGGUUCAACGCUACUAUCGGAUGGGACCCGGUCACCGGAUGGGGGUCGCCGAAUUACACCAAGAUGAGGCUUGCAGCAGGGCUCGCUAGCUGAUCGCUGUGGCGGUUCUGUGGCUAAUUCGAUUCUGGGAAACGCAGCGUUGAUCUGGG